AUGGCGUCCAACAAGGCUGCCGAUCCCAUCGCAAAGGGAAUCAUUCCCACCGCUCGCCAGUGUUUCAAAGAUCUGUUCAUUUGGAAACAGCGUGUCGAGGUGACGAACGAGUAUGGAGAAACACAUGCAGAGUGGCAUACUCCAGAACCAAUCCUUAACCCCAUCAGCUUGAUGGCUCAGUUGUCUGCUCGAGACUGGGUCUUCUUUAUUGUGGGACUUGCAGCGUGGACAGCUGAUGCAUUUGAUUUCCAUGCCCUGUCGAUCCAGACUAAAAAGCUCUCCGAUUACUACGGUCGCUCGAAGACAGAUAUCUCGACAGCUAUUACGCUAACCUUACUGUUGAGAAGCGUCGGAGCAGCCUUCUUUGGGUUUGCUGGAGAUAAGUAUGGUCGGAAAUGGCCUAUGGUACUCAACAUGAUCGUGCUCGGCAUUCUCCAGAUUGCUACCAUCUAUAGUCAUACAUUCCAGCAGUUCCUGGCAGUUCGCAGUCUCUUCGGGCUGUUCAUGGGCGGAGUGUACGGAAAUGCCAUUGCCAUGGCACUGGAGCAUUGCCCUGUGAAUGCCAGAGGUCUCAUGUCUGGAAUUCUCCAGCAGGGAUACUCCCUCGGAUACGUUCUCGCUGCAUGUGCCAAUCUCGGAGUCGGCGGUGCUACUGAUAGUUGGAAGACUGUUUUCUGGGCCGCAGCGGGCAUCUCCAUCGGCGUCGGCAUUAUUCGAAUUUUCUUCCCGGAGUCAAAACAAUUCCUCGAGGCUAAGAAAGCAGGCAAGAGAAGUAUGAGCGCAGGCGAGUUCUGGAAAGAGACGCAAAUUAUGCUGGCCAAGGAGUGGAAGAUGUGCAUUUACUGCAUCAUUCUCAUGACCUGGUUCAACUACUACUCCCACACGUCGCAAGACUCCUACACCACCUUCAUGCUCACGCAGAAGCAACUCGAUAAUUCCGGUGCUUCGAGGGCAUCGAUUCUUAUGAAGACUGGGGCCUGCGUGGGUGGAACAAUUAUCGGUUACCUGUCACAAUUUGUGGGACGUCGUCGGGCCAUCGUCGUUUCGGCACUGAUGUCCGCCAUCCUCAUUCCAGCAUGGAUUCUGCCAACGGGAGAACCAGCACUCAGCGCCACCGGCUUCUUUAUGCAAUUCUUCGUUCAGGGUGCAUGGGGUGUCAUCCCAAUCCACCUGAAUGAGCUGUCUCCACCUGCCUUCCGAUCAUCGUUCCCUGGUAUCACAUACCAGGUUGGUAACAUGAUCAGCUCUCCUUCGGCUCAGAUUGUCAAUGCUAUCGCCGAAUCUACCUGGGUGACGACCCCAACUGGUAAGAAAGCGUCCGCCUAUGGCCCGGUCAUGGGUGUUGCGACUGCCAUCAUUGCCAUCGGCAUUAUGGUCACCACUGCCUUUGGGCCUGAGAAACGUGGUCGUCGGUUUGAACUUGUCGUUGCUGCAGUGGAAGAGCAUCAUAAUGUGAAGAAUGCGGAUGUGGAAUUGGGCGAUGAACGCAAGGCAAAUGAUGAAAUGAUUGAAUUGGCAGAUCAGAAGAAGUAG